AUGGCGGCGGGAGAUCUAUAUUUACCUGAUGACUGUUGGGAAUGUGUUUUCAAAUUCCUCAACAACCAUGAAGACGACAAAUACAAUUGCUACCUCAACUCUCUCUCCCUAGUUUCCAAACAGUUCCUCUCCAUCACCAACCGUCUCCGAUUCUCCGCCGCUGUUGGCUCAAAAAUACUUUCGUUCAUCCAUCUUCUAUUUCAGAGAUUUCCCAAUAUCACAUCCCUCAAACUCAACCGUUCCUUCUACCGUGAUCCCAAUGCCUUCAACGGUGAUCGCAACACGUUUCUUCAUCAAAUCUCUAGUUUCUCUUUGAAACUCAAAUCCCUCGAUCUCUCCAACCAAAAAUCAUUCCUGCAGAUGGGUUGCGAGCUUUCUCUGGAAAUGUUACUACUUUGA